AUGACGAACACCAGAUCCAAAAUCAAAAAAACCCAGAAUACCAAGAACAACCAGUCUGCAGCUUUAAUAGAUUCAAACGAUGAUGUUUUGAUCGAAAUCCUUCUCCGACUUCCUGUUACCUCUGUUCUGCAAUUCAAAUCUGUAUCCAAACACUGUCGUUCCCUUUUGUGUGACCCGCGUUUUACCCUCCUGUAUAAAAGAUCUUCAAUCUCUCCUGGCUUCUUUUAUUACAACAUGUAUAUCCGAUUUGAUGGUGAGAACCCAAGUUACCCAGCAACUCCCCCUCGUUGUAAUCUCGACUUUUACCCUGAUCCUUGUGGCAUUAAAAUCCUGCAAUCCUGUAAUGGAUUAAUGCUCUGUUGUAGCAAACGAGGGAGCCAACGUGAUCGUAGAUAUUAUGUAUUCAAUCCCACCACCAGGCAAUUUGUAAUCAUCCCAUCGGUUCCUGGAGGCAAGGAUGUUCGCAAAAAUAUCCGUUUUAUGGGUCUGGCAUUUGAUCGAACAGAUUGUGUCCACUUCAAAGUUGUUUGUGUUAAUCUUGCUAAACCUAAGGAGGACCUAUUUCAGAUUCAAAUCUAUUCGUCUGAGACACGGAAAUGGAAGAUUUCAGAUGAAUCUAUUUCUGCUCCGCAUAAUACGUACUUCUUCUAUGGUGUUUAUUGGAAUCAAGCGAUUCAUUGGGUUCCCAACACUUUUAAGCUAUCUUGCUUUAAACUCGACACGGAAGAGUUUACACCGUUGCCAUUGACAGUGCCGGAUGCAUCUUGUGGAGGUUAUCAAUUCGGGUAUAUGCCCAUUUACUUUGGGGAGUCACGAGGCCAUCUUCAUUUGGCGGAUACUCCUGAUGGCAGUCGGAACCAUUUGCAAUUGAACGUGUACGAGAUGUUGAAGGAUCAUUCUGGGUGGUUUGUUAAGUAUCGAGUGGAGCUUGUUGAGUUUCUGAAUGCUUACCCGGAGAUGAUCCGUAUAAACCCAGAUCCUUCAAUCCCAAUUUAUUACGAUUAUCAGUUGUUAGAUGUGGUUAGGGGUGAAGAAGAAGAUGAAACCUUCAUGGUGAUACAAAUUCCAGGGAACCGGAUUAUUAGGUACAAUGUUGCCGAUAAGAGUUUCAAGCAGGUAUUUGAUACGAGCCCCUUUUACAGUGGACCAAUCGGGCUCGAAGAAGUUCAUCCUUAUGUUGAAACAAUAGUUUCUUUAUAA